UUUUUCUCCACUCACUAGAAGAAACAAAGUAGCCGAGUGAGUAAAGCCGUGAGAAUGGAGCGCAGAAAUCUGCAGGACUAACUCAUUUUUAAACUUUGAAAACUUCAACAAACAAAAAUGGAUACCAUCUCCACGCUUCUGAUACUUAUUGUUUCAUGUAAUUUGAGAGUUGUGGCUCAGUUUACCGCAGGAGGCUGUACUUUUGAUGAUGGCCCUGCUCAAUGCGAUUACCAGCAAGAUCUGUAUGAUGACUUCGACUGGACACAUGUCAGUGCUCAGGAAGCUCCGUAUUUAUCAACAGAACUACCACAAGGGUCGUACAUGAUGGUUGACUCCUCACAACAUGACUCUGGAGAAAAAGCACGUAUUCAGCUUCCAGUGAUGAAAGAAAAUGACACCCACUGUAUUGACUUCAACUACUUAUUGUACACCAAAGAUGGCUCAAGUCCAGGGACAUUAAACAUCUUAGUAAAGGUUAACAAGGGACCUCUUGCUAAUCCUAUCUGGAACGUGACUAGCUUCACCGGCAGAGACUGGCUUCGAGCAGAGCUGGCUGUUAGUACCUUCUGGCCUAAUGAAUAUCAGGUUAUAUUUGAAGCUGAAGUCUCGGAGGGGAAGACGGGUUACAUUGCAAUUGAUGACAUCCAGGUUUUGAGCUAUCCAUGUGAUAAGUCUCCUCACUUUCUGCGACUUGGUGAUGUGGAAGUCAAUGCUGGACAGAAUGCUACUUUUCAGUGUAUCGCUACUGGAAGGGAUGCAGUGAAUAAUAAGCUAUGGCUGCAGAAACGGAAUGGGGAAGACAUUCCAGUGGCACAGACAAAGAACAUAAACCACAGGAGGUUUGCAGCAUCGUUUCGAUUACGGGAAGUGACAACUUUGGAUCAAGACCUGUAUCGCUGUGUGACUCAGUCUGACAGAGGCUCAGGAGUAUCAAACUUUGCUCAACUGAUUGUUCGAGAACCUCCUCGACCCAUAGCCCCUCCUCAGCUGCUUGGUGUCGGCCCUACAUACCUUCUUAUCCAGUUGAAUGCUAACUCUAUUUUUGGAGAUGGGCCUAUUAUAUUGAAAGAAGUGGAAUACCGAAUGACGUCAGGGUCGUGGAUUGAAAUCCACGCUGUGAAUGCCCCCAACUACAAACUGUGGCACUUGGACCCAGACACAGAGUAUGAGAUUAGAGUUCUGCUGACCAGACCUGGGGAAGGAGGUACUGGUCAGUCAGGCCCCCCCCUCAUCACAAGGACAAAAUGUGCAGGGGCAGUCCUGGCCGUGGAAAUGCUGACAGUGGCAAUGCUGUCAGUAGAAAUGCUGAUAGCGAGGCAAGAUCAUUCUAAAGUGGCACCGCUGGCAACGGAAUGGCUGACUACAUGGUGGCACACUCUGGCAGCGGAAAUACUGCUAAUGGCAAUAACUGCAGUGGCAAAGCUGACAGCACUCCGGAUGUGGCUUUGCGCUGGCAGUGGUAAUGCUGCCCUCAGCGUAGGAUAUUCGGGUAAUGGUGGUGGCACUGCAUACUCCAAUAGUGAUGGGGGCACUGGCAGCGGUCCUGCUGCCCUCAGCUCAAUACACUCCGGCAGUGGCUGUGGCACUGCAUACUCCAGUAGUGAUGGUGGCGCUAGCAGCGGUUCUUCUGCCGUUAGCGCGGGACACUCCAGCCAUGGCAGAGGUACUGGACACUCCAGAUGUGGCUUUGCACUGGCAGUGGUGAUGCUGCCCUUGGCGCAGGACACUCCGGCAGUGGUAGUGGCGCUGCAUACUCCGGUAGUGAAACUACUGCAGGUGGAGGUGAUCUCCUCACCUCUGUCCCCUUCUCUAUAG